GAGGUGCGUGGGAGAGAGCCUCUGCCCAGAGGCGUUUGGGGCAAGUGGUCUUUUUUGGAAGACGGAAACUAACAGAAACCCAUUCCAGAGCAGUGCCAGAAUGAAGUGCGUGCAGAGUGCUGGGGAAGCCCUGGGCGGGGAGGGACGUUGGAGCUGCGCGGGAAGGUGAAGAAACCGACACUCGGGCCAAGCCACCCUGCCAAAGGAGGCAGAGCCAGAACUCACACCCAGAUCCAGAGAGGACAGGAAAAUGGCCACCUGGGAUGAAAAGGCUGGCUCCCGCAGGGCCAAAGUGGCUCCGGCAGAGAGGAUGAGCAAGUUCUUGAAGCAUUUCACUGUCGUUGGGGACGAUUACCAUGCCUGGAACAUCAACUACAAGAAAUGGGAGAAUGAGGAGGAUGAGGAGGACGAGGAGGAACAGCCGCCACCAACACCUGCCUCCGGUGAGGAAGGCAGAGCUGCCGACCCGGCUGCGGCCCCUGUCCCUGCGCCCAGGCCCCCCCUAGACUUCAGGACCACAUUGAGGAAGCUGUUCAGCUCCCACAGGUUUCAGGUUAUCAUCAUUUGCCUGGUCAUUCUGGAUGCCCUCCUGGUGCUCGCUGAGCUCAUUCUGGACCUGAAGAUCAUCAAGGCUGACAAGAACGCCGUCAAGGUGUUUCACUGCAUGAGCAUUGCCAUCUUGACCUUCUUUAUGAUGGAGAUUUUUCUAAAAUUAUAUGUCUUCCGCUUGGAGUUCUUUCACCACAAGUUUGAAAUCCUGGACACCAUCGUGGUGGUGAUUUCCUUUAUCCUUGACAUCGUCCUCCUGUUCCAUGAGCACCAGUUUGAGGCUCUUGGCCUACUGAUUCUGCUCCGGCUGUGGCGGGUGGCCCGGAUCAUCAACGGAAUAAUUAUCUCCGUUAAGACACGUUCAGAACGGCAACUACUGAGGUUAAAACAGAUGAAUAUACAGUUGGCCGCCAAGAUCCAACACCUUGAAUUCAGCUGCUCUGAGAAGGAACAAGAAAUUGAAAGACUUAACAAGCUCUUGAGACAGCACGGACUUCUUGGUGAGGUCAACUAGAUGUGCACCUGCUCCACCCCAAAGAGAAGACCCUGCUUCCACGGGCUUGUGUCUCUGAGAGAAAGACAGCUGCCUCUCCUGGGCCCGUUUCGGGGAGAGGUUUGGUUCGAUGCCUUUGCCUCACCUCCACCCAGCUUGGAUUCCGGGGUGGGCAGGUGGUAGGGGGAGGGGGGAAGGCGGGGGAAAGGCUUGCCCUUCCUUUCUUGGCGUGACCAAGAGCUUCCCAUCCCGUCCUCACUCCACGUCACCAUGUAUCAUAAACUAUGUUCUCUCAUGUUGACACUUUUGCUUGAAAAUGAACGAAGCUGGACAACUACUAGUUGUAUAUAAAAUUUUAUCUCAUCAGUGUACUUUUCACAUUUCGCGUGUAUAUUGAGGAACCAGUGCAUUCUUUCAUAUGGGCAUUCUGAAAGACAAAGGAAAAAAGAAAGCUACCUUAGCUACCAGCCCAUUCUAGAAAGUCUUCUCUUCCCAAGCUGUUCUCAACAGCUCCUCUUGGUGCAUAUUCCUCCAGGGAGGUUGUCCUCAGGUACCCAGCCCCUCCUCUGCCGCAUCUAGCUUCUAACGGGCUCUACCCAGUUCCGCCACCUGACAACUUUUUUCUCAAUUACUGUGCAAUUAAUGUAUAAAAGCAACUCCUUCCCUCGGGACCUCCUACUCUAUUCUUUCCAGCAUCAACUGCUAGGAACUGCUCUGUGGUAUUCCGUACAACCACCCGUUGGAGAGCUCCAGUGCCUGCCACCGAAAUAGCAAUUAGACCCAAGACUCCAUGUAAUGAAGGUGACACCGGGGAAAGAUCCCCUCAUGAGGCCCUGUGCUCUACUUGCAUGAUUUUGUACAAUUUUGCUAUUUUUGUAUUCGUUUCCACGGGACCAGUAAAGGAAAGAAAACCUGGACUACAAACAAUGAGUAUUUUUUAAAUAAGUCAUGUUGAAGCAGAGGAUGAAUACACUGGAUGAACCCUCGAUGCCUGAGCUACUUCAGGGUCUGUCCCCUGUACCAUCUUCCCAAAGCUGCAAUUUGCUUUCCACACGUGACCUAUGUGCCAACAGUACUGGAAAUCACCAAGACCAGACGGUGCCCCAUUCUAAGGUCACACUAAGUAGAAUUUCCAAAAGGAAAAAGGAGGGAAGUGAACGGAGAGAGGAGAUGUGUGGUUUGAGGGCAACCCCACAGGUCAGAGGUGUAACACCACAGGAGGUCUCCAAGGGAGCCCACACCCCACAGCACUUGAUUCUAGAGGUGUGGUGUCAUUUCCUUGAUUAAAAACUUACGUCAAACAAAGGGGAAGAAGAAAUUAAACGGCAGCUUGGCAUUGAUGGUUGGCCGAGUCCUGAAGCCCGCCUCUGCAGGUGCAGACACAUCCACAAAAGUAACCGCAGUGGAAAUAAGAACCGUUCUUUCAUUUCCUGAGUUGGUCUGUAAUAAAAAGAGCGAUGCAAGCCCUGCCUUCCAGCGUGCUAACAAAGCUGGGACAUGUUGUGUUCUUUUCGGCACGUGACCGUGGUCAGUGCAUCUCAUAGGUAUGCGGAGGGCCCAUCAGCCACUAACUUGGAUGAAAGAUACCACUUUUACCCAGGUUGUCCUACCCCAUCAAUGUCAAUCGCAACUCAAUUUUCAAUGAAUUUUAAGGAUCAAAUCUAAACAAGAACGCUAAUGUGAAUUCAACUGUUGUCAGAAUUUUCUAACUAAAUGACUGCUAAAGUGUUUAAAUUUCAAUAAUUUUUUCACAGAAUAAAUUUUAUUAUCACACUUGA